CCGGCGGUGCGUUGACUUGUUACCACUCAGGCACUCAGUGAAGCCCGUCGAUGUCGCCCAUGCCGAGCUCUUUUUAUCUGAGCUGAGAGGAGCGUGGUGUCAAGGUUAGCUAGCUAGCUAAGCUAGGCAACACUUCCCUAUCGAGGAGGACCAGCUUGUUCCCCUCCCUGAUUAUUGGCACAAGCUGAUCGGGGAAGAGACCGAUCGAUAUGGCGGCGGAGCAGCAGUCGAGCAGCGGCGCUCACGCGGCGGCGACCCAGCUGGGCGACCUGCCGGAUGCGUGCCUGGCGCAGGCCAUCGCGCUCACCUCCCCGCGCGACGCCUGCCGCUGCGCCGCCGUGUCACCGGCCUUCCGCGCCGCCGCCGACUCUGACCACGUCUGGCGGGGCUUCCUCCCCGAGCAGCUGAUGAUCGACGGCCACAGCUACAAGCCCGCCGCCGUGGCGCUCCACCAGGCGCCGGCGCCGGCGGCCAAGAGCAAGAAGGAGGCGUACCUCGGCCUCUGCAACGCCUCCGGCGCCGUGGCCGUCGGUGAUGGCGACGGCGGGUGCCGGGUGUGGCUGGAGAGGGCCACCGGCGCCAGGUGCUACGCGCUGUCGGCGAGGAGGCUCAGCCUGCCCUGGGACGACGGCGAGUUCUCCUGGAAAUUCACGCCCCAUCCCCGCUCCAGGUUCGCGGAGGUGGCGGAGCUGGUGGACUGCACGUGCCUGGACAUCUACGGGGCGCUCCCGGCGUCGUCCCUCACGCCGGCGACGCCCUACGCGGCGUACCUCGUCUACGACACGGCGGCGGAGGGUGGCCACCGCGGCCUCAGCUACCCGGACCAGGAGACGACGGUGUCCCUGGGCGGCCGCGUCGUCGCGCGCCACGACGUGUGCAUCCGCCCCGACGACGCCGAGGCGCGCAAGUUCUGGGGCGGCGGUGGCCGGACUGGUGGCGGCGAUCGCGAGGAGCCGAGGCGGCCGAGGAGGAGGGAGGACGGGUGGUGGGAGAUGGAGAUGGGGCGGCUGCCGAGCACCGCCGGCGAGCCGGAGGAGGAGGUGGUGGCGAGCUUCGAGGUGCUCGGGUGGUACCCCAAGCGCGGCCUUGUCGUCGAGGGCAUCGAGUUCAGGCCCGUCGUCGAAAGUUCUACCUGACAACAACCAUGCAAAUUGUGAAAAUGUGUAGUAUUUCAGUUCAUCGGCUGGAUGAACUUAAUGCUUGGAUGGUAUUUUUACACUUGUACAUGCGACGAUCUGAUGUUGAAAAAGAAGCUUGUCGAUCGUUUUGAUGUUA